UGGUGGUUAGUCGUCGGCUAAAUGCAUCUUAACACCUUUGUUUUUUUACUUAUUCGCUUACGUUGAUGAUCCUAUCAUAGCCUUAACCCUUCUUGGUGGUUUAUGGAACAUGUUCUGCGCAAGACUGUACCUUAGAUAGUUUAGGAAAAAGCACAUUAUAAUCUAUAGAAGACUGGACCAAAAAGAGUUACCGUUGUAAUGAGACAGAAUUAGGGGCGGUUUUAGUCUUCUCGUUUAUGGAAACAAUCUUUGCGUUCUUGUCAAAACAAAACUAAAGCGUCAUCUGGGUGACAAUACAAGCACCCAAGCUAAAGGGCAACGCAACUUCUCAGCCAUGUCAAUGAAAUUUUGCUGCAUUUACAGUGUCGGAUUCAUUUCCAUUCUACUUUUAAUAACAGGAAUUUCUUUAGUAUUGGCAGAGGUUUUCCAAAAUUUAUUGUACUCGAGAAUCGAAAAGGAAAUCGUGCUGAGAAAUGGAACUGAGGCGUUCGAUGCAUGGGAAAACCCCCCUCCUCCUGUCUACAUGCAGUUCUACUUCUUUAAUUUGACCAAUCCGUUAGAGGUGCUUGAUGGAGACAGGCCUGCUGUGGUUGAGAUAGGACCCUACACAUACAGGGAGUAUCGGCCCAUGGAGGACAUUACCUUUCUGGAGAACGGGACGAAAGUAUCGGCUGUGAAUACAAAGACCUACAUAUUUGAGGCCAACAUGUCCAUAGGCCUAGAAAGUGACUUAAUGAGGACAGUGAACAUCCCAGCGUUGACCGUCAUGGAGAAAUUCAAGGAUCAUUCAAUCAUAGCCAAUCUCAUCAUGGCAUACAUGAAGUCCAAUAAUAUUGGACUGUUCAGCACACACACUGUUGGAGAGCUACUGUGGGGAUAUGAGGAUGGAUUGCUCAAGGCUCUCAAAUUGUUCCAGCCUGAUUUAGAUGAUGUGUUUGGCCUCUUCUACAAGACAAACGCGACCAAUGACGGGGAGUAUGUUUUCCUGACUGGCCAACAGGAUUAUAGGGACUUUGCCAAGGUGGAGCAGUGGAAAGGUCAAAGCUCUCUGCCGUGGUGGUCCACGGACGAGUGCAACAUGAUCAACGGCACCAACGGUGCCUCCUUCCAUCCUGUCAUCACCAAGAACGAGACGCUCUACAUGUUCUCGUCGGACCUCUGCAGGUCUCUGUUUGCCACGUUCGAGGAGGAGGUGAGUGUGAGGGGCCUCCCCGGCUACCGGUUCGUGCCACCCAGCCGGGUGUUUGCCAGCCCAACGGUGAACCCUGACAACGCAGGCUUUUGCGUGCCCCCGGGGAAAUGUCUGUCCUCGGGUCUGCUCAACGUCAGUGUCUGCAAGCAGGGGGCGCCUAUUAUCAUGUCGUCGCCACAUUUCUACCAGGCAGAUGAGAAGUACAUCAACGGCGUCUUUGGGAUGUAUCCUAACAAGGAGCGGCAUCAGACCACUAUUGACGUGAACCCACUCACAGGUGUGAUCCUACAGGCGGCCAAACGACUCCAGGUCAACGUCUUCGUUGAGAAAAUCAGCACGUUCAGCCAAACCGGAAAUGUCGGAACAGUGGUGUUUCCUGUGCUGUUUCUCAAUGAGAGUGUUGUCAUCGACGAGGAGUCCGUUAAAAAGGUGCAGGUGGUGGUCACUCUGGGCAACGUGGUGGUCAACGUCCCCUUCAUGCUGAUUGGCGUGGGGAUCCUCCUCGGGGCCAUUUUCAUGAUGCUGAUGUGUCGUCAGCAAGUCCCCAAGAGCACCCCUGCUGAGCGCCAGCCUCUGCUUGGUUCAUCCUAGCUCCACAGUCCGUGUAGUCAUGGCUGAACACGUCAGAUUUCUGCUAUAACCUGCCACAAACUAAUUACAGUAAUGUGUAACACAAACUAUUAUAAGUAGGUGACUGAAAGGUCAACCUCCUGUUCUAGGUGUAUAUACUCUAAUGUUAUCAUUAAAUCUCUAACAUUUCCAUAUUGUAUAUCUGAUUGCUCAGUUCAAAUGCCAAUUUUAUUUGAAACCAAUUGUAAGGCAACAGUUCUGAAAUGUUUAUAGGAGACCUGUUUUGACAUGAAUAGUGUCCCCCCCUGAAUCCCGUCUGUCAACAAACAGGAGGACAAAUUAUUCCAAAUCAACAGUACAGAAACUUCAAGUAAGAAAUGCUCAAACUGAAACAAAGUUUACCCAAAAACCCGAUAUAAUGGUGAAGGUUUAGGGAAGAGGUUAAGAGAUUAUUGAUACGAUACUGUGUGUGAGGGUGUGUGUGUGUGUGUGUGUGUAUGAGAUUAUUGAAAUGAUGAUGCGUGUGUGAGGAUAUUUGGGGGAGUUUAUUUUCAGUAUGAUCUCAUAGAUGGCAAGCGUAUAGGCCGGCUGUCAGGAUCAGGUCUGACUGUCAGAGAUUGCUAAUGAAAUUGCACUGUACUGUAUGAUAUCAGACAGUCAGCAAGAUCUGGAAAUGUGCUGAAAUAAGUUCACUUUUGUUCCACUGUGGCCCAGUGCACUUGUUACACAACCACAGUAAUGUCACUAAUAUUUUUAUACUACUGGUUUGCAGGCUCAGCAGCCCGAUGAUGGGAUUUGUCAAAAUGUUGUUAAAUAAAUUGAUUUUAUUUUAUUGCCA